AUUCAAGUCUUAAUGCAUGGCUUGAUAAUGGACCUUUGGUUAAGAUUCUUCAAUAUGAUGUGUUGCCUACUCAUACAAGCUCAUCAAUGGUCCAAACUGAGUCAUCAUCAUCUCUUGUUGGUCUUCCCUUAAUGGAUAUUGCUCUCAGUGCAGUGCCUUGUCUAGCCUCCUUAUCCUUGCCAUCUUCGAGCACAAGCUUGUCUUUAGCUUCUAAAUCAGGUUCGUCUCUUCUUUCCUUGCCUUUGGUUUCUAAUGCUAAUGUUGUUUCUAGUGUUAGUAUUGUCUUGACGAUAGCACCUAAUGGUCUUGAUCACUCCAUCUCCACCUCAAAAAAGUCACCACAUGCGAACUAUGCACCCAUGACGUCACCAGAUGUUAUGCUCACAAAGCAAGGUCAUGAAACCAUGCCAACAACCAAACCACUAGGUCCCACUAGUUCCUCCUCACUAUCUUUGUCUCCUAAUACCCAAUCACCAAUUGCCCCAAAGUCAUCACGUACCACUAUCUCAGUAAUGACUGCUAUUUUUGAUGUUAUCUCCGCAUUGGCUACCCUGUUCUCUAUUAAGGAUCUUGGACUCCUUCGUUAUUUCCUUGGUGUUGAAGCUAGUUAUAGCACCACAGGUUAUAUAACUUAUCUUGGGGCUAAUCCCACUUGGAGAUCUUGCAAACAACAAGCUAUUGCUCGUUCCUUUACAAAAGCUGAGUAUUGUGCCUUGGCAGCUGCUUCUUAUGAAUCCACAUCGGUUUGGUACUUACUUUCUGAACUUGGUGUUACCUUCUUUGAUCCUCCUACACUUUUUUGUGACAAUAUUGGAGCUACAUACCUUAGUUCUAAUCUAGUCAUGCACUCCGCAAUGAAGCAUAUAGCUAUUGAUAUUCAUUUUGUCCGUGACCUCGUUGAGGAGAAAGUUCUACAUGUUUCUCACAUUUCUUCUUGUGACCAACUUGCUGAUGGUUUAACCAAACCAUUUCCUUCUUCUCAUUUCCUAUUGCUCCAUACCAAGAUUGGAGUCUCCAAUGGAUCCUCCACCUUGCAAGGGCGUAAAGAAGUAAAUAUGUAAUAUUUGUAAGGUUAUGUCAUUAUAUUUAAAGUUAGGGUUUUAUUGUACCUCGUAUAUAUACUUGUGAUACUCUAAUCUUAUUAUUAUUGCCGCAUACUUUCAUCAUCUCCUAGCCUUUGUGUCAUAUCAAGUAGGUUGAGUCAAGACAUACAAGUCACAAGUCAAUAAAGACCGAUUCCCUAA